CGUGGUAACUUGCGUAGCAGAAUAACAUCGUCAGCGGUCGGUCGCAGUCAGCCAUCAUCGUGAGAUGCGAAGCGAGUCGUAUGCGUUCUAUUCGUCUAAGUACAUAAAAAUAACGUAGCGGAACGUUGAAAAACGUUAUCAAGAAGAAUGCAUCCCAUCAUGGAGUUAGGAACAAGUGUACCGGCGUUUCUAGGUAAACUCUGGAAGCUCGUUGAGGAUCCUGAAACCGACGACCUUAUUUGUUGGGCACCCAAUGGAAGAAGUUUCUUUAUAAGGAAUCAAGCGCAGUUUGCCCGGGAAUUAUUGCCACAUUAUUACAAACACAAUAAUAUGGCUAGCUUUGUUCGACAAUUAAAUAUGUAUGGUUUUCAUAAAAAAGUAUCAGUGGACUUGGGUGGUCUGAAAUGUGACAGAGAUGAAAUGGAGUUUGCUCACCAGUAUUUUUGUAAAGGGCACCCAUAUUUAUUGGAACAUAUUAAAAGAAAAAUAGCAACAAAUAAAGGUCAAGAUCCAACACAAGCUCCAAUGAAACCUGAAUUGAUGAAUAAAAUGUUGUCAGAAGUAAGAAGUAUGAGAGGGCGUCAAGAACAUCUUGACUCCAGAUUAGGAGCAAUGAAGAGAGAGAAUGAGGCCUUGUGGAGAGAAUUAGCAAUGCUUAGGCAAAAGCAUCUUAAACAACAACAAAUUGUUAAUAAACUGAUUCAUUUCCUUGUUACAUUGGUGCAACCAUCUAGGAGUGGCGGGCUCUCUGUGAAAAGGCGAUAUCCUUUAAUGAUCGAUGAUUCCACAAGACAGAGAAAUAAACAGGCAAAAAUUUCUAAGGCACAGGUAUCCCCUACGGGUCCUGUCAUUCAUGAGUUAGAUGUAACUGAUUCAGACCUUGAAUCUCAAUAUAUUGUGGCAGAAAUGUUGGAAAACCAUGGAAGUCCAGCAGUGGAGAGUCCUGAACAUACUGAACCAUCAGGUUUUGAAGAUUCAGGUAUGGAAACUGUACGUUUGGGCAACAUUAAUGACCAGUCGCCUAAUGAGAUUCAAUUAGUUGAAUCUCAAAAUAUGGAACCAAAAAAGAAACGUGUUUGCAAAGGGAAAAAGAAGAGGAAAAACAAGAUGCCUGUAAAAAUUUUGAUUCCACCAGCAGAGAACGGCGAAAAACCCAGGGAAGAAACACUUAUGGUCGAAAUGUCACCCGAGGAUUCGGCAGUGUCGAUCGAAUUAUUGGAAAGUAACGUGACCAGCUCUUCGAAGCCGAUUCCAUUAGCCACCGUGAGAAGCUCCAAACUUGCAGCCAUGGCAGCCAACAUGAGCAACAACAAUGAUCUUGAACUGGAUCUAGAUCUUGACAGUUCUGCUUGUGCGGAAGAAGAUCCAAAACAGAAUGAUACUUCCCUUGUAAAACUCGAAGAUAUUUUAAUUAUACCAGAGAUCAUUGACGAAGAACAAGUUAAGAGCCAUCAAACAGAAGGUCAUAGCAAUAAUGGCAACAGCAGCGAUCCAAUAGAAAAAGAAAUUGAACAGUUGUCUUAUGACAGCGACGAAGACCAAAAUCUCGAAGGAAACGGGGACGAAGCGCACCAGUCCACAACAUCCGAAAACUCGAGAGACAAUGAGGAAGAAGGCACUCGCAGUUUGUCUAAAGACUUGAGUUGUGUCAGCGCUGCAGGAUUAUCAGAGACAGCUUACAGGUUAGAAUCAACAGAGGAAGUGGAUGUUCACCUAGAAACGAUGCAAUCCGAACUGGAGAACUUACGGGAGAUUUUACGUGGAGAAGGUUACAGUAUCGAUGCCAACACAUUAUUAGGAUUAUUUGGAGCAGAUGAUCCAAUGUCGUUUGGGGUCCCAAUGAAUCCUGAUUUGGAUCCACAUUCUAAUCGUGAAAAAGACGACGAUGACCACCCAGGUGGAUCAUUCAACGGAACGGAGGGAGGAGAACUGAUGGCGUACAAUCCUUCAUCAAACCUUUUAGAUUUUGGUGAUAUCUUCUUGGGUGCAACAACAUCGUCACCAGACGCGGAUGUUACGGGUACAUCAGUUGCCAACAAUUACAUCAAUCCUGAUCCUUUGGAUUUGGCAGAUUGUAAGACGUCUCUGCUUGACUCGCUGGCAAAGGCGAAUAAUUCAAAUUCUAUGACUUCAUAAAAGGUCUUUCUUAUGGUAAGCCAAUUUUUAUGAUAAAAAAUGUAUCAUACGAAUAUACAUCCUUUUUUAUUUGAAUAAUUAUAUACGCAGAAGUAUAGACUGAAUAUCUACUCCAAAAACUCACUUCUAAUAUUGAUCAUCUAGAAACGAACAAAAUAAUUUAGUUUUUCUUUCAAAAGAUAGCUGAAUGUAAUCCUUAACAGGUAUUACUUACUGAUAACAGUAAAUCGUAUUGAUUUAUUGUUUUUUUUAAAUGCUGAAGUUACACGAUAGCAUUUUAUAGAAAUUCUGUCGUUUUACUGUCAUUAGAUGCUCAUAACUUGUUAGGAGAGGUUAAUUUAUGCGCAUUGAUAACAUUAAUGAGCUUUAAAAAGGAAAUCAAAUAAGGAGGUGAUUUUCAUCAUCUUAUUUUGGAGGCUUUAACAUUAGAACUACCGGCGAUUUUUUUGUUGUAUAGGAUGGGCCAUUUGAAACCAGUCAUUUUUACUGGCCUGGUAGUUCUAGUGUUAAAGGUGUUAAUUUCAAUUUUAGUUUUAAAGAAUUGUUUUCUUGAAUUUAAUUUCAAAGAAUUAAUUUUAAAUAAUGGAAUUUAACAAUAGGUAGCUCGAUUUUGAUAAACAUAUAAUUCGUAAAAAGGUUACUAGUAGCUCAAAUUAUUUUGCAUUUUGUAUUCUAUACUUAUCAUUCAGCGAUAACAUGCCUUAUCCAUUAUAUGUUAAAUGCCACAUAAUUAUGCCGAACUUUCAAAACAAUCGGUGUAGAAAUUAAGCUCCUGAUCCAGAAAUACCAGAACCAGACUCACUUCUUUGCCUGCUCCGUCUUUAAAAACGUAUUAAUAUCGAUCAUGCGGAACAAAGCGCAGCUUAUUAAAGAUAAUAAGUAAUCAAUGCUCUUUUGAGAUCAAGUGAGUGCAACGUUUGAAUAUUUUAAAUGUAAGCUGAUACAGAAAAAUAAAGAAAAACAUUAAUCAUUCGUGUAUAUCUUUGCGGUAUCUAUACCGUAUAAUCGCGUUAAUAUAUUCAAACAUUAAAGGAUUUUCAAAUAAAGUUACUAGGGAACAUUCUAAGUUUCUCUGAAUGCACUGAUGGGCCAUUUAGUAAAUGUCUACGAUCAAUAUAUAUUUACUACUUCCCUAAAAAUGUACAUUAUACUUGUCAAAUUUUAACGGAUGUAGCAGUGUUCAGUCUAUAUUCUGUACUUACCAGGAUUCUUGGAUUUAUAGGAUCAAAGAUCUAGCAAUCUUAUCAAUGAUUCCGGGAAAAACAAUACAUGCAUAUCAUUUUAUAAGUGUAGUAUCAUACAUUAAAAGUAACCGAUAAGAAACUUACAAUUUGAUAAGUAUUUUUUUGCAAUGCCUAUUUACGAGCAUUGCAUUGAAUAAAUUCAUUCAUUCGUAGCUAUCAAUUUUAUGGCAAAACUGUGAGAUCUACAACCCUUUUUAUUUAUAUUGAGUAUAUUGGUAUCACCUAUUAAUUAAUCGAUAAAGGCAAGAAUUACUAUAACGUGGUAAUACAAAUGAAGUCAAGAUGUUAAAAAAGACGUUGCAGCACUCUAAAAGAUAAAUGUAGUUUGCAAAAUAUUUAUUUUAAUUGAAAAUUAUUAUUCUAUCGACAUUGCAUUUGUUUAUGGUUUAUAGUAUUUUAUCAUGUUGCAUACGUAUAAAAAAAAAUAACCGAAGUCUUUAACCAGAUUUUUUAUUAACACCAAAAGUCAUUCGUCCUUGUAUAAAUUUUCUGUUAUUAUUACGAAAACUUUAACGCAGAAAAGAAAAUGAUAUUAAACCUCACUGCUAUCUCAAUUUCUAUUCAUUUUAAUAGUUAAAUCAUGAAAUUGGUUAAAUUCUCUUUGUACUGUUUUCAUACAAAUUAUCAUCGGGUGAGGGUUGUUAAACACGAUGUAAGAUACUACCUUAGGAUGGACUUUUUUGCAGGUUCAAAUGUCUUUUGGCUCGGUACAUUGGUAAUGGUGCGUUUUAUUCCCAUGGACUGGGUCGUACAUGUCUCUCAUAGUACAAAAACUGCUGUAUCUUGGUGCCAAUGCAACGUACCUUUUCUACAAUCAACAAUGUUGAUAAAAUUGUGUUUGGAUAUGUGGUACCAGACUUUAAUCCAUUAUGAAUGGUGGAUUGUAGUAAAUAAAUACGGUUGAGUAUUGAGCUAAAAAGAAUAUCGGUUCUUGUUUCAUAGGGAAAUUAAAGAAGUUGGACCUACGUGUUUGUAGAGUGCUUGAGUUCGAAUCUCUGCUUUGUUAUUUUCUUUGCAAAGCGCAUUUGUUUUAAGCGUAUACAGCGUUUCAGCUGUUGCUUUGGAAUUAUUAUACUAAACUCCAAAUAAUUUAAAAUGUUUUAUUGAAAAACAAGAGGGAUUCAAUUUUACAUACACCAUUUUUACUACAUGAUGUAAAACGUUUCCAUUGGUUCAAAUUUUCUUCAUUAAAAUGUAAAAUGAUAAAAACAUUGAUGACUUGCGGACAUGGUUAAAAUAUGCUUCAAUGUAAAACCCUAGUUCUUCGAUUUUUUCAAUAAAAUGUCUGAAAUGAUGUAUUUCAUCAUGGGAAGGGUUAGUGGAGAAUGGGAUAGGGGUAGGGAAUUAACUUAUUGUAUUUCAUACAAAUUAUAUUGCAAUUCUGUAAAUAAAAAUGUACUUUAUUAUGUGCGUUUCGGAAAUUGAACAAUAUUUAAACAUUUUAUUUAUUUGCUAUUGGACUUUGUUACAAAAAUUCAACUGUAAAUUGAUACAAAUUCUUUGUCCUAAUUAUAAUUGUUACUCAUACAUAAGCGUCAUAUUAAAAGUAAAGUAUUCAUUAAAAGAGUCCACCGUUUUUAUAAUUUUGUACUAUCUGGUUUUUUCUUCUUUUCAUUGAUUUUUUAAGAUUGUAAAUUACUAUCAAAUAUGUAUUUACGCUUGUCUGUCGAAGAAAAAUACCAUCGCUUACACACGCAUAUGUAAAUUGUAUCAGCAUUUACUGCAACUGCGCUGGUUACGAGCAAAAAUAAGGAAUAUACGUAGUUAUUUUUAAGCAAGAAUUUGCGCACAUACGAUUUUGAUAGAUAGUACAUUUUUGAAUUUCACAUUCUACACAAAUUGUACGAGAAAAUUAUAGUACGAAAUAACGAAUGUCAUUCGUUGGAAUUUUGGAUGUGAGCAUUUUUAGGGUACUUGUUUUUCUUUUUUUAAUAUUCAGUCUGUUUUGAUUUCGUUAAUCGAUUAAUUGGUUUCGUUGUUCUAUUUUGAUCUCGGUUUAUAUUAAGGCUAUAAAUUCACGUCCAAUUUUUUUCACAAGUUAGUAACGUAUGUAUGUAUCGAGAGAGAAGAAAAGUAAAAAAUAAAUGCAUGGAACCUUAGAGGCGCUUAUAUUGGAAUAGAGAGCACGUAUAUUGGAGGAGAAGAAAUUCAGGACAACAACCAGAUAUAUUGAUAACUUAAUGUAAGAGAUAACUUAAAUUCUACAUGAAACCGAAGAACUAAGGAAAAUUGUUACAAUUUGGUGUAUUCUCUAGACAAAUAAUUCCAGUAAAUAAUUUGAUAUGGGAAAGAAUAUGGUCAGAUUUUCCUUUAUACGUUCUUGAUAACACAGUGGUACGUUAUCGAUUAAACUAUCAAUGCUGUGACACUAUGACUCAGUCCAAUUACUCAAUAAUUUUCAUUACUCCUUUGAACACAUUUGACAAGAAUUUUAGUACUGUUCACAGUAACUGAAUUGAAUAUGGAUGGAAACCAACUUCUUGAUUAAUUAAUAUCGCCGUUCAUUAUUUGAACAUUUAUACACCCACAUAACAUAUAAGAACGUUUUUUUGACAUCUCAUAUAACUUUUGUACUCAUUCUUAUCUUUAAUUAUCGUAGCUUCAUCACUUAUGUCUCUAACAACGCAAGCAAUUUGAGUUAUGCACUGGUAUUAAGGUAACUGCAUCUUUAAAUUACAUUGUAAAUUAUAUCCGAUGAAACAUGAUCUGAGUGACGUAUUAUUCUCAUUUCAAGAUCGUUAUAUGUAUCCAGUAAUUUUAUUACUGAGAGAACUGUUAAAGAUAAUAGUAUUCCUAUUAAAUCAAAUUUAUAUGUUAUGUAAUGAUGUUUAUUUUAUAAAUAGCUUGUACAACUACAUUAUAAAGCCCAAAUGUAUAAAUCACUUUUUUUUUUCUAUUUUAGCCUCGGAGGAAAGACUAUGGAUAUCCUAUCUAGGCAAUCAGUAAAUCCUUCAUUUUAGUUUACAAAGCGAAAUAGUAACUAAGCCCAUAUAUGCAAAGUAUUGUUAAGAGUGCGGUUUACAUUUGAGACACUAAUGUUGGACAAGACGCGGUGAGAACCGCCUGAACCUUCAGAGUUUCACAAGGCACAGAAUUGAAAUCGACUAUUCUAAUCUGUACGUCUUCGUGAACAUAUUAUCAGAAUACCAUUAAUCGUUGCAGAUCUUGAUCCAAAGUCAAAUAACCUCGUUCUUAUUUCUCAUCAAUACAUUCAGAGAAGUAUUCACCAGUAAUCGGGGAAGUAAAUAAGCAAUGCAGUUGGCUUUCCCGCAACAACUGCACCGCACCUCUUAUUUUUAACCACCUUUAUACGAAACUGUCUAUUUGAGAGAAUGAUAGAAGUAGCAACCGUCGAGCCUCGUAACAUUUACAAAUUAAUAAUUUCUUGCGCGCAUAUCGCAAGAUGCAUCGUCGUUAACUGGCUAACGCAAUGGUAGCAGUAGACUAUGUCUUUUUCUAGUUCUUCAUGAAAUCGAAAUCGUACACCCUAAAGUUUUUAUUAAAAUAACCAUGCCACUUAGAAGAUUCCACGUACAGUCGAGCAUCGAUUUUCCGUAAUAAUGAGGAACCCGCCAAGAUCUCGAACGUUUGAAAACUUUAGUAAUUUAGGGGCGUUCAUUACUGGCUGCUGUUCAAAUUGUUUUCAGGAGGCAUCUUGAAAAGGGUCAUUCCUAUUAAAGUGCGUCCAAACAUGAGCAUUCGUGUGCGUAAACAUGUUCACGUCUAGACCCACCUUUAAGAAAAUAUAAAUAUUUUCACCAUUUGUUACGAAAGGGAUGUACUGUGAUACUCUAAUGUUUAUUUGUAGGGAUACCCUCGUAUAGUAACGCGUAAUGUCAGCGAUUGGAGAAAAGCCGUUUUAAUUUUCUUGAACGGAUUAAGGAAAAACAUUCGUAUAAAGAUUUGUUGGCCUCUUUGCCGCAGCGUUACUAUAUCAGGGACUACUACACGUUUCUUUGGUACUCUUAAGAAAAACUAUUGCGUAAGGUUUAUAUUUUCGGAUACUUAUGUGUAGACUGUACAUAAUUGAUCCACGUAGUAAUAACAUCAGGCAUGUACAAGCUACGAUGGUUAUUAAUUGAGGCUUUGCAGUAAUAAGAUGUGAAUUAGAUAGUUAUGUGAAUAAAAGAGUAAGUUAUGAACUGCCCGAAUGUGUACAAUUCCUUAUACUCGGUAUAUGUUGGUCUUACGUAAAUAAUAUUAAUGUCCUUGAAUUAGCGCGAAGAGAAAGCAUCUAAAUUACUCCUGUAUUGUUCAGUGUACUUUGGUAUACUGAACAUUGACCACUGAUUGCUGAAACACUUGAACAUGCCUGAAUUACACUUUAGUUCGAUUUCUUGGUGUCUUGGAUAAUCGAUGCUGUGAGCUGUACGCUCAUAACAUAUUCUCCAUAAUUAAUUUCGGGACUGAAGGUAAUCAUUUUCUACGGAUCUUAGGUUGGGUUUUUAGUUUCUUUUUUUUUUGUAUGUAUAAUUAGAAAUCAUACGUUGAAAAUUCAAAGGUUAAAGUCACUUGUAGCCUUUGUCCGUUAUUCAAUUGACUUUUGUUCCUACGAAGUUUCAAUCCAAGUGGGAUGGCCUCUUGCUAAUGGAGAGUUUUAAAGUUAUUACUCUUCCGUGAGUCCAUGGGAAAAUUUCAAAGCAUGAGAUCCCCUGUAAAUAAUACACAUUCUGCAUAAUAUACAUGCAAUUCGUUUACUUAUUAUGUGAAGUCAGAAGUAUUUCAUAUUUAAUAUAUUUUAGAUAUUUCUACGUAUAAACGAAAUGUUUGAAAAAUCAUUACAAAUAUUAAAAUGUGUCUUAACCCUUUCGGUACUAAGAAUGACGAUAGUUACCUGGUAUGAAACAAACCAUAUACUGGAAGCAUUAUGUGCUAAAAAAGAAGUUCCCAUACUAUUUCAACGCUCUUUUCGUCCGAUCUCUCCAUUAAGAAGGGGUUAAAAUAUCACUAAUAGCCAAAUCAUACAUUGCAUCGAUGAAUGCAUUCGAUCCAUACACAAAGUGAAUUUAGUGUAACGACAUAGCAGAAAUAGUGAAAUGUAUCAUUACUGGUGAGGACGACUUCCAAUUACUCCUAAGUAAGGAUGUGCAUUUUAUAUCCGUCGCGCGCGCGCGUCUGAUGACCUUUUUACUAAUUAAUAAAAACAAAAAACUCGAACAGAAGUAAAAGUUUCACUGGGUUCACUUUGUUAUGAUAACUUUCAUUUGUGAUAAAUAAGACUUUUAAUACUUGUUCGUUUUUAAUGCCAUUGCAGCAGUACCUCUUACGCUGUCAUCGUUUUUUUUUUAAUUUCAUACUGUGGAUAUCAAAUGAACAUUUUUUCAUUUGCAUUAUCUAAUAAGCUGUAUAACUUUCUAAAUAUAUGUCAAGGGUCAUCUCACCAUUCGGGUUCAUUUAACGCAUUAAUAUAUUUGAAUUCAUUAUAUGAACAGUUAAACAUUGCAAAUAUUCAUUUGUUUUGUCUCUGGAAAGUUAGAUCCACACAGGUUUUUAUUUUUUUUCCAUUUUCUCUGGUGCGUAAUGUGUAUCGAUUUGAUUUUUUGUUCUACCCAUUAUAUAUUGUGAACAUACUGAUACGAAUUUACAUUGACGCCAUUGCUGAUACGUAGAAGUAUUAUAAACCACGAUAAUACUUUUCAAUAUCCUUUCAUAUUUUUUAUAUCAAUCUUUUCUGCGCUCUUAAGGGUUACAUGUAUUAUUAUUCAUUCAAUAUAAUUGGCACUGAUUAAUCAAAUAUAUUAUCAAAUUCUAUGCCCUAAAAUGAAAAUGGUAUAAAAGGCAGAUUCAUCAUUAUUAAAUUAAGCGUCUCAUUGAAAUAGUAAACUUCUUCUGGUUGAAAAAUAAUCAUAAAUGCAUGAUCUGAGAGUAAAUGUAACACAUGUUGUGCAUAUGUUAAGAAGUGAAAUAGUGCCCUUUGUUCUCAUAAGCUGUCUCCAAGACAUUGCAUAAAUUUACAAUUUAAUAAAAUCAGUAAUUUUACCGUUUAUGGAUCUUUUCUAGCAACCAGAUAAUCACUUUAAAUACAGUCAAAACCAUAACAAAACACGAUUAUUUCAUUGCAAAAUUGAGUAAUGGCAAAGGUUUUAAUUUACAUAAGACCUUUUGUUAUCGAUGAGUGACAUGAUAAUGACAUCUACAAAGACAGUAAUACAAUUAAACCAUCCCGGAAUAUUUAUGGUUACAGGUCGCGUAGUGAUUUUGUAUAUAAUUAUUAAUUGCAUAAACUUGUAGAUGUAUCAUAUGUUUACAAAAUUGUAAAAUAAAAUAAAAUGUGUUACGAAA